AAUUUAUGUAAAAAAAAAUUUAUAUAUUAAAAAUAAUGUCAAUAGACUUGAAUAUUCAAAAUUUAACGCAAUUAUUCUGGACCAGCAUAAUUAUAUUAAAUUUGUAUGUAGCAUUGUUGUUGUUUCGCAUGUCAAAAGUUUACCGCUCCGAAAGAAAAAUUAAACUGCUCGAAACCGCAAAUAUCAAGGAACACAUUGAGUUUAUGCGCAGCCGCCCUGACAAAUCUGUUUCCCAGGCCUUCUCAUCGACUGGCAAUUUCACCACGCGCAGUCGCUUCUUCGAACAAUUUCUCGAAUCUAACCCGGCACAGCUACGUUCAUUUGUACAAGUACGUCCGAACUUCCGUUCGAACUCUUCAACAACGGGCGCCGAUGAAGAGUCCGAAGAGCGACAUACACAACUGGUAAAAGAGCAACAAAUACAGCAACAAAUACAGCAACCGUAUAAACAACGCUCAAAACAACUUCAAAUGGAUUUGCAGCGAAAGGAUAAUAAAGCGCAGAAUUAUGAACAACAGCAACAGCGGCAACAACAACAACAACAACCACAACAACAAAUUUACAAUCAAGCACAACAUCGGUAUGAGGGUAUAUUAAAUCAGCAACAACAACAACCUCAUCAGGUAAGAAGACCUCCAAUGAUUGAACAAACGAGCUCCGAGGAGACACCCAAAUCCGACGAUGAGCACACGCUUUACAUCUCGGAUAGUUUCGGGCGUGUCGUGCAUGAGAUACCUUUUCGAGAGUGUGAUUAUAUGGAUGCUCUGCAAGUAGUGCUUGGCGAUCAGCGCUGGAAGAUCAAAACAGCGUGGAAUGAUCGCUACAAAACAAAUAUGAAGAGAGUGAACUAAGUAAGGGUACAUCUGAAAAAUCAAUUUUAUGCGUAUUUUCUAUAAGAUUUUAUGUGGUGUCUUAAAUUAUAUCUGUAUGUUUGUAUAAUCAACGGCAGGUCUUUGGAAAUGCUUCGGAGUACAUAAUAAAUGAUGAAAGUUCAAUUGGAUAUAAUUUAUGAAUACCCAGUGACAAAAGUAAA